UGAAAAGCUUCUUGUUAUCUUCCGGUUUAGGCAAUCGUGUUUCUAACGUUUGGGUAAACGCAGACUGACCUUAAUGUGCCGUUUUUUGUUAGAAUAAACCUUUCAGAUGGAUAUACUUAAAGCUGAGAUCGCAAGAAAGAGGAAACUCCUCGAAGAAAAAAAUCUUGUUGAAGACUCCAAAAGAUUCUUUAAAAGGGCUGAGCUCUCACAGAAGGAAAGAGAAGAUUACUUCAGAAGAUGCGGAUACAAGGUUCAGAGAGAGACUCCUGAGAGCCAGAUUGAGAAGAAAGAGGAAGAUGAGCCAUCCACUUCAACUAAUCCAGUCUUGGAACUGGAGCUCACAGAAGAGAAGCUCCCAAUGACACUUUCACGACAGGAGGUUAUUCGACGACUUAGAGAACGAGGGGAACCGAUCCGAUUGUUUGGCGAGUCCGAUUAUGAUGCCUUCCAGAGGCUCCGGAAAAUUGAGAUUCUGGCCCCAGAAGUAAACAAGGGCUUGAGGAAUGAUCUGAAAGCCGCCAUGGACAAGAUUGACCAGCAGUACCUGAAUGAGAUUGUUGGAGGAACAGAGUCAGGAGAAUUGGACACACAGCAUGACCUAAAAGUGCACGAAGAAAACACCACAAUAGAAGAACUUGAGGCUCUUGGAAAAACUCUUGGAACAGGUGAUGAUGAUGGAGACCAGGAUGUUAUUGCUAAAUUUUUGAGGUUUCUUCUUGGCGUUUGGGCCAAAGAUCUGAACAGCCGAGAGGACCACGUGAAGCGCAGCGUUCAGGGCAAGCUGGCCAGUGCGACACACUCGCAGACCGAGUCUUACCUCAAGCCUCUCUUCAGGAAGCUCAGGAAGAAGAACUUACAAGCUGACAUCAAAGAGUCAAUCACAGACAUCAUAAAAUUCAUGUUGGAGAGAGAAUAUGUCAAGGCAAAUGAUGCAUAUCUACAGAUGGCCAUUGGUAAUGCCCCCUGGCCAAUUGGUGUGACUAUGGUGGGAAUCCACGCCCGUACCGGACGAGAAAAGAUCUUCUCCAAGCACGUGGCCCACGUUCUUAAUGACGAGACGCAGAGAAAAUACAUUCAGGGACUAAAGAGGCUAAUGACCAUCUGCCAGAAACACUUCUCUACUGAUCCAUCAAAGUGCGUGGAGUACAAUGCUCUUUAACUCGUUAUUUAAGCCUGCCUGAUCCGUUGUAUCACAGUUCAAAGUUGGAUUUUUUUUUCUUCCUUUUUUCUUUUUUUGUACUUUUUGAAUUUUGGUUGUGGCAUAAUCUUCUUUAGUAAGGGAUUACUCUGGAAAAGAUUUCUAAAUGAAAGAAGACUGGAGUUAGUAAGCCUGUUUAUGUACAGUCAAUAUUAUGCCAACUUGUAAGAGUAAAAAACCAACAUUUUGUAUUUCAACUCUUUUGUGCCAGUAGACUUGUCGUCCUUCCUUGUAACAUACUGAGAAAAUCUAGAAAGUUACUGUGGCAGAGAGCAUAGAUUUAUUUGGAUGCUUUUAAUUUUAAUAUAGACCUCUAAUUCUUAACAUCAACAAAUACUUUUCAUGCUAAGAAAGUGCAAGUUUUAUUACACCUGAGGCUUCCUGCAGACUAUUUUCUGUGUACUUGCUUUAAGAACACAAUAAAAGUGAUCAUUGUGUCAUUGAA